CUUCAGGCUGCGGGAGGAAGUGAAGGACGUCGGUAUAAUUGAGGGUGGUGUUCAGGAUUAGGGAAUACCGUCCCUCAAAAUCCUUUCUUCUUGAGAGAAAACAUUGCACGGAGUGAAUGCAGAGGCCACAGAAAAGUGCAGUGAGAUGGGCAUGUGAAUAAAUGCAGCGAGAAGCGAGUGAGAGGGGAGCGGAGAAGCUGCUCUCUCCAUGCGGACCGUCACUUUUACAAUGAGUUGGAGCUCGAGCUGAGUGAAAGCAGCGCCGAACAAAAGCAGCAGGGAGGGGUUAAUUUAUACAUAUUUAUUUAAUAUAUUUUAGAUACAAGAUGAUGCUUCUCUUUCCUAUCAAGAAGAUUCGGAAGCAUUUCAACGUGUUGGUGUUUGCGGUGAUUCUGGGGCUGGGAGUUUGGGCAGCUUACCUGGAGUUCGUAGCUUCGAGGGAGUGGAGGAGAGGCGCCUUCAAAUCCCAUCGCGAAUUCAGAAACUGGAAGAAACAAUCUCAUGUGCAACACAGCAAAGUGCCUGGUGUUGAUCGGGACUUGGAGUACUAUCACCAAAGAAAGGAGGAGGCAGGGAAUGAGGAUCUUGACAGCAACCAUUGGCAAGAAAGUGAUGAAUUUAAUUUUGCGGAAGUAUGGAGCUCCAAGUUCAUGGGUCAAGCAAAUUUGCAUAUAUUUGAAGACUGGUGUGGUGGCUCUGUUGAUCAGCUCAGGAAAAAUAUUCACUUCCCUCUCUUUCCGCACACACGAACUGUGGUCAAGAAGUUGGCGGUGGCACCAAGAUGGACCAACUACGGACUCAGAAUAUUCGGCUAUAUCCAUCCCUAUGCAGAUAGUGCAUUUCAGUUUGCAGUAGCCUCCGAUGAUAAUUCUGAAUUCUGGCUGAGUACGAAUGACAAUCCUUCAAAUGUCACACUUCUGGCUAGAGUUGGAAAGACUGGCAAGGAGUGGACAGCCCCAGGAGAAUUUGGAAAAUUUCAAAGUCAAGUCUCCAAGCCCACACAGUUGUUAUCCACCAGGAAAUAUUACUUUGAAGUACUACACAAGCAAAAUGGCCAGGGAACGGAUCAUGUGGAAGUUGCAUGGCGGCUCUACAAUACUGGCCUGAAAUUCAGCAUUAUUCAUUCAAAGUAUAUUUCACUUUAUGUUAACGAGUCGUUGAUGAAACUAAAUGAAGUACAGCACAUUCCACAGUCCAUAGCAAGCCAUAAAAAGAAUUAUGGUUACACAAGCCCACACAGAGACCAUCCAGCAGAAAUGCUGAAGUAUGACCCUCGUGACAGCUUUUUUCAAUUGCCUCUAAUUGAUGAGUCCCAUGUGCGCCAAGUGUUGCCUGACUGUGUCUACAGACCCAGCUAUAUAAUUAAGGGAUUCCCGCUGCUCCGUUACCAGGGGUUACAGUUUGUUCAUCUGACUUACAUGUACCCUAAUGAUUACACAAGGCUAACACAUAUGGAGUCAGAAAACAAAUGCUUUUAUUAUGAGAAUGCAUAUUACUUGGACAGAUUUGGAUUCUAUAGAUACAUGAAAAUGGAUACACCACAAAAAUCAAACAAUGAAAAGUUUACAAAUCCUUUCAGGGUAGCAGCAGGAAAACCCAAUAAGCAGAUGAGUGAUAAAGAGGAAGAACUGGGGGGCAAUGCUGAAUUGGAAGAGGAUGAAUAUGAUUAUGAAGAUGAGGAUCAAUUCCCACAACCAGUGGCUCCAGAGGAUGCGUUCCAGGAGCAAAACCAAAAGAAUCCCGAGGAGGUCGGAAGUAAAAAAAAACGCACAUCAAAUAUUCAGGAGGGCAAGCACUUUGCAAACUCGAAUGGCAGACAGCAAGCAGUCACAGCAAAAGAUUAUGGGGAUGACUAUGAUGACUAUGCUUUUAAAAGGAGAAGAAAGUUGUUCUAUGUUGCAGAAUACAAAUCUAGUGAUAAUGUAUUUGAUCUCAUUAAAAAUGCAGACUCUAGGCUAACCGAAAGAGUUCCAGUACAUAUAGGAACGAAGGGCAGAAGCAGCAAAACAGCUUCUGUUGCAGAAAGUAUGUGGAGCACCCACUCUCUAAGUCAGAAAACUGCCAAGGCCUCCCACAGUUUUUCAGAAAAGAACUAUGCAGCAUCAGAUCAUGACUUAGAAAGACAAUCAUCAAAUUCCUUUGUGAGGCAGAAGGCUAGAGCCAACAGUAUUGCUACCCAGGAUAUUUUUCAGAGAGAAAAUCUAGAUAUUGACAGAACUACUCAUAGAGUUCAAUUUCCUGAGAGACAAAUUCACAGAUUAGGAGAGAAUCAAGGAGAAAUGGUUGUUCAAAAACCAAAGAGGACAAUUUAUGCUCAGCAACCAAUUACCUUGUCAGAACAAAAAGUGAACAGGAAUAAUGGCACCUUUCUGAACAAAAAGGAGAGUAAAAAGGGAACUAAUUUGUUAGCAAGUCAUAGAGAAUUGGAGUCACCAUCCAAGUUGCAGGAGGAUGUCCUUCAUGUUCAAAAACAAAUCAAAGGCUCAAACAAAUCUAGUCAUGAUCAAAGUAACAAAACGUACAAUGGUGCUGAGAAUCCAGGACCAACAAUCCCCAUGUUUCUUCUGUCCAUGAAAGAGGAGCAGCCAAUCGAAGUAGAAGAGCAGUUGGACAAAAUUCGAUCACCUGCAAAUGAGCAGGGGCCAGAAAAAGAAUAUGAAUAUGCUGAACGUAAAAAUUAUGCAAUAUUUGGAAGAUCAAAAGGUAAGAUGAAAGAAAAGCUGCGAGAGUAUGGGGGCAAGGCGGAGAAGUGGAGACGUAUAUCUUCAAUGGAUACAGCAAUUAACAGUAAGAAGACAAUAGAAGAGGAGGACGAAGAAGAAAUGCCAGAGGCUGAGAUCUCUUACCAACAUGCAUACGACAAAGCAGUUAAUUGGGAACAGACUUUCACAGUUAACAAUAUGGACUUCAAUGCCUUACGGUCAGACUGGAUUGAUCUUCGGUGCAAUGUGUCUGGAAACCUGCUGAUGAAAGAACAAGAAGCUCUAGACGUAGCAGAAAUGUAUAUAAGAAAGCUGAAUGAGAAGCAUAAAGGAAUAUAUACACUUCAUCAAUUAGUCAGCAUUGAAAAACGCCUUGAUCGCAUACAUGGAAGUCGAUACCUCCUGGAGCUUGCACUGUUGGUGAAUAAAAAAACAAUUGUGCGAUUAUCGGAGUACAUUUAUGGCCUCAACAGAAAUGGUUAUUAUAUGGAUGGUGAUGAUGAACGGAAGAUGAGAAACAUUUUCAGGCACAGAGGUCGGCAACUUAGGGAAAAUCAAGAAAAGAUUAUGCUAUGUACACCAACUGGAUUCAAGUGGCAGCGCAAUGCUGUGGUACACUUUAUAGUUCCAGGUAAAGGUGUAUGUUAACAUCUACAUGUGAGGGAGGAGGACAUCAUUUUUAAGAGGGCUCUGAUAGCAGAUUUCAGAAAUCAAAAUGAGGGCUAUGGCUCUUAACAGCUCAUUAGACUUUGAAGCAACUAAUAUUUAAAUAAUUUAGUUAAAUAUUAUCAAGCAGCCAAUGUUGGUUUUAAAUGGAGGAAUAUUAUGUAGGAGUACACCUUCUAACUACUCAGUAUUAAAA